AUGUUACCAAAGUUUAUCACCAACAUCCUCGUUUCAGGCGCUCUUGUUGCUGCAGCCACUCAAGAGCCCCUCCAGCCCAACCAUUGCGACGUUGCCUGCCAGCUUGCUUACCGCAAGGCUCUCGCUCUCGAGGCCAACCGCUGGGUCAACCAAAACGUUUCAACAGACGAUUUUUAUUCCAACCCGUCCAACCUCUCCGAAUACUCCGCUGGUGAUCUUGUCAAGUGGGAAGAUGUUCCCGCUGACCAAGUCUCCAAGAGAUGGACCCUUCCCGGCGGAGUAUCCAUGUCUCGGUUCUUCUAUAUCACCGAGGACAUUGAUGGCAAACCCAUUCCAGCUACUGGGUUUGUCUUGACGCCUUACUCGAAUCCUCUUGGAAACGAUAAGCCUUUCCGAACACUUGUCUGGACUCAUGGAACUGCUGGUGGCACGCGUCAAUGUGCGCCGUCAAAUCACCGGGCUCUCUAUUAUGAGUGGUCAGGACCCUUUGCUCUUGUUCAGCAAGGCUAUGUUGUCAUUGCACCCGACUAUGCUGGACAAGGCAGUGAUAUUCCUCAGGGCUUCAUGUAUGAGUCUGGUGCACUUCACGCUGGAGACGUCAGCUUUGGACUCCAGGCUGCACGCAAGGCUCUCGGAAAGCGCAUCACCAAGGAUUGGGUUGUCAUUGGACACAGCGAGGGUGGUAUGACUGCAUGGAGAACCGACGAACGAGAGGCCAAGCCCGGUAAAGCGACUGGUGGCUUCCUCGGUGCUGUCGCACUCGCCCCAGCUCUCCAGCCCAUCAAGCUCAUCCCCGAAUCCUUCCGUCGGGCAAAGGAAGGUCCAGCUGGCGAUGUCGUUUCUAUCUUUCUCCUUCAGUCUAUCUCGCGUCUCUACCCUUCCAUCAAGGUCGAAGACUAUGCCACUGACAUUGUCCUCAGCCGCAUCGCCCUUGCAGACCAAGGCUGUCUUAUCACAGGAGGUACACUCUAUGGUAGCUUGACCGUGAAGCAGCUGUAUAAGAACACUAGUUGGGUCGAGCAUCCCGACUUUGUUGACUGGCAGAAGCGUUACAACGGCGCCGGAGAACACCCUCUUGCAGCACCUAUGCUUGUCAUCCAGGGAGAUGAUGACAUUCUGACAUACGCUGAGUAUGCCGAAGAGGACUUCAACGCCACCUGCAAGAAGUACCCCGAGUCAACUGCUGAAUACAGACUUUAUCAUAAGACGGAUCAUGGUCUUGCUCUCUCAGUUUCCAUGGCCGACUUCUUCCCCUGGAUUGCUGACCGCUUUAACAAGGUCAAGCUGGACAAAGGCUGCAAAAAGACCAUUAUUAAGCCUGUUACCACCAACUUUGGGCUGACCAGCCAGGACUGGCAGGUGGAGCUUUGA